GAGAUGAUGGCGUCUCUGUCGGUUUGAUUCUCCUGCUGGUCUGACAAACGCGUCUUCGCAGAAUCUUGUAGGUGGAGGGGGGAAAGAAAAGCAAAAGGCUGGGGAAGAUGACGAAACGACGUCCUGGAGGAAAGGCAGACGGAGUGAGACGGCCGGACAGACGCCUUUUCCAGCUGACGGCUUUCCAUCUGAAGCAGGCAGUAAUAAUUGGUCAGCGGAGAACACAGAGGAGAAAACAUUUCAUGUCCAGCCUGCCCAGGAGUCGCCGUGACCCCGACGGAAAGGAGUUCUACUUGACAGGAUGGGGGGAGUGAGUGAAGGAGAUGAUGUGUUGGCUCGAUGGAGUGAUGGACUACUUUACCUCGGCAAUGUGAAAAGAGUAGAUGGAGUCAAGCAGUGUUGUCUGGUGAGAUUUGAGGACAACUCCGAGUUCUGGGUUUUAAGAAAGGACAUCCAUUCUUUUGCUGCUGGAGUAGAGGAGGUGUGCUGUGUUUGUGAUGCACCGCCUCUUAAAGAGCCUCUUGUAUACUGUCUGAAAUGCCGCCAUGGUUAUCACCCAGAGUGCCACACGCCAACCAUCGAACCGGAAGCUGACAGCGAUUCCUGGAUAUGUCGGCAAUGUGUCUUUGCAGUUGCCACCAAGCGAGGCGGGGCCCUCAAGAGAGGACGCUUUGCCAGACUCAUGCAGCUGAUGAAACUCCGGCUGCCCUAUCAGCUUUCCUCUUUAGAAUGGGACGCGCAGCAUCUGACCAAUCAGCAGCAGUGUUACUGCUACUGCGCUGGGCCUGGAGAGUGGAAUCUGAAAAUGCUGCAGUGUGGAAGCUGUGGCCAGUGGUUCCAUGAAGCCUGCACGCAAUGUCUGACAAAACCAUUACUGUAUGGGGACAGGUUUUAUCAGUUCCAGUGUUCAGUUUGUGCAAAUGGACCGGAGACCAUCCAGAGACUACCCAUGACCUGGGUGGAUUUGGCCCAUUUGGUGCUCUACCAUCUCUCCCUGUGCUGCAAGAGGAAAUACUUUGAUUUUGACCAUGAAAUCCUGUCCUUCACCAAUGAGAAUUGGGACUCGUUGCUCCUUGGCGCGCUCUCUGACACAUUGAGGCAAGACCGCUGUCACAAUCUGCUUAAUGCCCUGAACUCCCACAAGGACAGAUUCGUCUCUGGGAAGGAGAUCAAGAAGAAGAAGUGUCUUUUCGGGCUCCAGGUCCGAGCCCCGCCUCCCCUCACGUCAGAUUCGUCGCCCCUCAUUACCGACCCGCCAAUCAACAUCACCCACCGCAGAAGCCCGCUGUCACUGCCCUGCCAGAGGAGAGCGGGGGGGCCAGACUCUCGUAAAUCAAAGCGUCGCAUCAUGGAGGCACAGCCUUGCCCAGCCCCAGUCGGCGCCAACCACAUUGAGCUGCUGCCAUGUUGCCAUGGUUACCCGGGAGGCACCAGCCGUUACAACUCCAGGAAGUCCGAGGAGGAGCUUUGCUUCGGCUCUCCACCAAAGCAGAUGUUUGCCCUGUAUCACCCCACGUACAACGGCAGCACAGCCCUCUCCAGGACCCUCCAACACUACAACAGUGUGGAGGACACCUGCAGAGUACCGCCGCCCUGCCUGUCGUACGCUCUCACCUCCAACGGCAACCAUAACCACCACCAACAUCAAAACCACCUCCUGCACCAUCACAACCACCAACACAACCAUCAACACAACCACCAGUACAACCACCACCAACACCCAGCGAGUCAGAAGCAGCUGGAGCCCUGCCCAUCUCUCCUCCUACGAGACCUUGUUCCCUAUGAGGCUGGUGUGGGCAGAGGAGGAGGAGGAGGAGGGAGUGAUGUCAGCGGUGGUGGUGGUGGAGGAGGAGGAGAAGAAGGGAUGGGUGUUGGGGAAGAUGGGACAGCGACCAGGAGCUGGGGCGGCGGGGAGGCGGUGAGAAUCUUGGCGAGACGUGUAACGCCAGACGGGAAGGUGCAGUACCUGGUGGAGUGGGGGAAUGUGAACUUGUUCUGAAGUGGAAAUGAAGACCAUAAAAAGUUUUAAAGACCAAGGAUAAAGAAGUGAGAGUAACAGAUAAAGAGAGAGCCAGAGACACAGCGACUGUUUGGCCCCCAGAAGUGGAGGUUAACGCAUGGUGGCAUUCACAGUCAAAAGCAAAAUGAACAAAAAACAAACACAUGUUGCAAAUCCAGGUUUCUCUCACAGUCUCACCUCUGUUCUACUUCAUUCCCACUACUGGUCAACAUAAUCUCCCUCUUUGCUAGUGGUUUGUACUUUAACUUUGGAAUAUGCCUUCCCAUUUAUCACGGUUCACAGUAAUGAGGAACAUAUGUGAAUCCCCUAUUCAUUUGUUGUUAUUUGGGCCAUGCUUUAAACAAGAUGUUGUCGUUAAUACCCCACAGUGGAAAUUCUCCUUUUUUAUCUGGUCAGCCGUUCCUGAAAAAACUCAGAGGGCGGUGCUUUGUUUAAGGAUACUGUGAUAUUUAGGGCCAUUAUAAAGACUGAGCCAAACACCGGCGGUUGUCACGAGGCCCUCUGCCCAUCCGUAAAUCCGCAUAAUAUAACAGUCUUGAUUCAUAUAGAUUACGGCUUUUUCACCGACUAGCAAAUUGACAAAUCAACAUGUUGCCCUGCUGAAGAAAGUUAGCGAAUCUCCUUUUUGUCUUUCUUUCUUUUUCUUUUUUUUUUUGUUUUUUGUUUCCAUUUUAUUGUAUUCUUAAAACAGUGCUCAGCUGAUAUCUGGGUCAUGAAAAAACAAACGAGCCCAUGGCCAUCAACCAAACUCCAUCAAGAUCCUCAUUCAUAAUACAGAUUCAUUAGCAUUUGUUAAGUGAGAAAUUAAGGCUUGAAAGAUGGUGGUGGAUGUUGGAGAAUGUUAGAUGAUGUCGGUGAAGGUUGGCGUAUAUUGGUGAAUGCUGGUGAAUGUUGGUGGAUUUUGGUGACGGUUGGUGGAUGUUGGAUGAUGGUUGAUGUUAGUGAAUGCUGGUGGAUUUUGUUGAAGGUGAGUGUAUAUUGAUGGAUGUUGGUGGAGGUUGGUCAGUAUUGGUGAAUGUAGGUGGAUGUUAGUGAAUCUUGAUGGAUGCUGGUGAAGGUGGGUGUAUAUUGAUGAAUGUUGGUUGGUGAAUGUAGGUGGAUGUUAGUGAAUCUUGACGGAUGCUGGUGGAUGUUGGUGAAUGUUUAGCCCUCAGCAUGAAGUAUGAUGAUCGUAGGAUGGUGGUGGUUGGGUGCUCAUACAAAAACAGUAUCCAUCUUUCGGCCCAAUUUAGUCAUCGUAUGUCAAGGCGGGGUUAUAUGAAUCCACAACUGGAGGCUGCGCAGCACCGCAGCCAUCUACCUGCUCUGGGAAUGGUUGUGGUUUCACUUUCGGUGCUUUGCCUGACAGCACUUCAGACAGUAUUCUUGACGGAGUAGAAAGUGAUGUUUGCCGCUCACCGACUUCGUUCUUGUUUCUAAGAUCCAGACUGGGUGACCCGCUGAUUUCAAAUCUCUCGUUUCAGUACGGCGCGAAAAACAACAAAUUUGGGGAUUUGCAUGUUAUUUUAUCUCAUCACAGUACAUUGCUAAGAGAUUGUAUAAACACGUUAUAACAAGAUUAGCCAUUUGUUAUAAGUUUAUCAUACAUUAUUUACAUUUAGACAACGGUAUGUAUUAGAAAUAGGAGCCACAAGUGGGCUUUUAGGAUUAUAUAUUCACGGUAUAUUACAAUAGAAACUAUUUUAUUUUGUUUUAUCUUUUGGAUGUGGUUGCAUAGUGCCUACAUGGGUUGUUUACCUGAUGAUGGGACCGCUGACCUGAACUGACUGAACGAUGGCGUCUGAGUGUAUGUCGACAGUGGCUAUUUCAGUCAGCAUGGUGGCUUCCCCCCAUUUGGGAAAGCUGCACAGCUGCAGUACAGGUGUCCGCGAGGAGCAGUUACUCAGUAUACUUAUGUACAUUCCAAACAAACGGUUAUAACAAAACUCCAGACAUACUUAAGUGACGGAAAUGUGUAUUUGAGGUCAUCACACCGAAGUCUUUUUUCCUAAGAGCUUAUCCGCUUUCACAACUUUGCAUGUUUCUGUUAAAUGACACAAAUAAUAGUUGAAGACAUGGGAGGGUUCAGCCACUCGUUCAAGAGUCAUGCGUACAUUCCAGGUCAUGGACAAGAGUUAAACGACGUCAACUUUUCUUUUCCAAACCGCAGUUGAGGCAAAGAUGGACAUUGCCAGGCCCAGUUCCUAACUCUCCUAUACAGUUGCGACACCAUACACAAUGUUUAAACACUGAUGGUGGUUGAGGCGGAUGUUGGAAAUUCAUACCUCCCAGCCUGGUGAACAGUCUGUUCCUCUGACAGACCCACAUAGCGGCACUCAGAGUUCUGCAGUCGGGCUUUAUAUACGAACACCUUUAUAGAUACAGGUACACAAUCUACAACACUGUAGUUUUAGAGUUUAUAUUUUAUACAGAGUUUUAUUUCAGCAGUUUGUUGGGCAAAACACACGUGACAUUUUAUCCACCGAGUAGGCGAACUGUCACAGGUUUGGUUGGAAAGGAAGGGACAAACAUGGCAUUUAUACUGUUAAAAUCCUUUCAACGCGGAACUCGGAUGUGAUCUUAAUAUCGACUUCUCUUCUUGAACCACGCCAUCUUCUCCAUCGGCACAGUGGAAAUGUAGCUUUCCCAGCUGCAGACAAGGAAUAUUUCAGGUGGGUGAAAAGGUGUUGCAUUGUGAGUUUUCCUCAUUCUCAAUGACUUUGACUGUAGUUCAUUAGGGAGGGGUGCGUUGAACCUUUCUAAACAAUGGUUUUUGAAUGUAUUUGUGUGUUUUCUAUGAUAUGUCUAUACCCGUCAAGUGCUUGUUAGGUCAUACUCUUGUUGGAACUCAACUAGAUUAUCCCAAAACAGAGAAGAAGGACACAAGGGGUUAACUUCACGGAGCGGUAGUCUACUUUUUCUGAUUUGUAGUUAAGUCCAAGUUCAGUUCGAUGUAUUUUUGGACAAAUUAUGUUUGUACAUGUAUAACCUGCGUUGAAACACCUAAUAUGUAUCAUGAAAAAUAAUUAAAAGAAGUUUC